UGCUUCUCCAUAAUCGGCAAAUCACAUCAAAUUCUUAAUUUACCCUUCACUAGCCCGUGUGGCAUGCUACAUCGUCUCUCUCGAUCCAUCGUGUUCAAUACACUCGUUCCACCCCGCUCAAUCCAUGUGAGCCAUCCGUCUCCCUUCAUUCGGUCCUUCUCGAACCUACUCUUCCCCCACCCAGCAACCAUGUCUAAACAAUCAACACUUGGGUAUGUUAAAUCGAGGCAGCAGACCCUCGGGAAAUUCUUCGGCAAGCCGAAUGGAACCGCUUCUAAAGCUGCCCCACGGCAAUCGACGCUGGUGAUGAAGAAUGCACCAGAGGAGAAAGCAAACACAGCAGUUGCUGACAAAGAUGAGGCUGAGGUGAACGAUGAGGCCGAUGUCAAAAUGGAAGAGUCGACCGCCGAAACACCGGCGAAGAGUCCGGAUGACUCUGGCGAGAUCGGGGCGAGGAGGAGUUCGUUGAAUGGGAAGAGGACUAUUGCCGAAGAGGAGGACUCAAAAUCAGAGGAUGAUAGCGACGAACCCCCAACCAAGCGGCAGCGCAAGCAGGCACCAAAGCCAGUCGAAAGCAAGAAGCCACAGCCGAAGAAGGACUCGAUCUCACCCUCUCCAUCGAAAGGCUCCGAAGGAGGCAGGGCGGCAGCACAGGGGGCACCAAAGAGCCCAGUCAAGCUCGCCGCGGCCAAGGUUCCCCAAAAGGCGAAGGACGAGGAUGAAGCGGAGUCAACAAAGAGCGACUCAGCUGCAGAAAGCGAGGCAGACAGUGAAGGAGAGGAGAAGCCGGAGGUCGUUGCAAAAGCCCGCGAAAAGAUCCAGACUGUUGUUAAGGGGGGUGGAAAGGAUCCAUAUCCGGAUUGGAAAGCGGGUGACCCGGUGCCGUAUGCUGCGCUCUGCGCCACAUUCUCGAAGGUUGAGAUGACGACCAAACGGCUAGAGAUCAUGGCGCACUGCUCUCUGUUUCUACAACAGGUCCUGCGGUUGACUCCCGGUGACCUUCUCCCUACGAUCUUACUCAUGGUAAACAAACUGGCUGCCGAUUACUCCGGGAUUGAGCUGGGUAUUGGCGAAUCCCUGAUCAUGAAAGCGGUUGGAGAGAGCACUGGUCGGAGUCUUCAAGUUAUCAAGGCCGAUCAAAACGAGAUUGGAGAUCUCGGUCUGGUCGCCGCGAAGAGUCGUCUCAACCAGCCUACAAUGUUCAAACCGAAGCCGUUAACGGUCCGUGGCGUUCAUGCAGGGCUUAUGAGUAUCGCUACCGUCGAAGGUCAGGGAUCUCAGGGACGAAAGAUUGCCGGCAUAAAGAAACUCCUCUCGGCCGCCGAUGCGGAAAGCGUAGGGAAGGGCGCAAAGGGGGUUGACAUCACCGAAAACAAGGGUGGCGCAAGUGAAGCAAAGUUCAUUGUGAGAACGCUAGAGGGAAAACUCAGGCUUGGUCUCGCAGAAAAAACCGCGCUGGUUGCUCUAGCUCAGGCCGUGGUGUUCCAUGAGAUCACAACGGCGAACGAUGGCAAGAAGGUCCCUAGCACGGAGCAGCUCGCCCAGGGUGAAAGGACCCUAAAAACGGUUUACAGCGAGCUUCCAAGCUACGAAGUCAUCAUACCGAUGAUUCUCCAACACGGACUGGGUAAUCUUCAAGACAAUUGCAGACUCCAACCUGGAGUACCGCUCAAACCCAUGUUGGCUCGUCCAACCAAAUCUAUCACCGAAGUUCUUGAUCGCUUCGAAGGCAAGGACUUCACCUGUGAAUACAAAUACGAUGGAGAGCGUGCACAGAUCCACUACGUCGCGCAUGACGCUCCGCAAAGCUUCGCCACGGACAUCCCUUCGGCCGGCAAAUCCGUGAAAGGCGUGGCGAACAUCUUCUCGAGAAACUCGGAGGACCUCAGCAAGAAAUAUCCCGACAUCCUCGCGAAGCUUCCGACGUGGGUGAAGGAUACUACGAAGAGCUUCGUGCUGGAUUGCGAAACGGUCGCGUGGGAUGUGGUGGAGAAGAAGCUGCUUCCGUUUCAGCAAUUGAUGACGCGGAAACGGAAGGAUGUCAAGGUUGAGGAUGUCAAGGUCAAGGUCUGCGUGUUUGCGUUCGAUCUUCUCUUCCUGAACGGAGAGGCGCUGGUCAAGAAGACAUUCCGUGAGCGUAGAGAAAUGUUGAACGAGGCCUUCACGCCGGUUGAAGGGGAGUUUUCUUUCGCGACCUACAAGGACACGAACGAACUCGAAGAGAUCCAAGCCAUUCUUGAAGAGAGCAUGAAAGCCGCCUGUGAAGGAUUGAUGGUGAAGAUGCUGGACGGGCCCGAGAGCAGCUACGAACCCAGCAAACGAAGCCAGAACUGGCUGAAAGUGAAGAAAGACUACCUUGCCGGCGUGGGGGACUCCCUCGAUCUUGUCGUGCUCGGGGCCUACUUCGGCAAAGGCAAGCGGACAUCCGUAUACGGUGCGUUCCUCCUGGCCUGCUGGAACCCCAGCACCGAGAAAUACGAGACCGUCUGCAACAUCGGCACUGGGUUCUCCGAAGCCAUCCUCGAAGAGUUCCAUACCAAACUGUCCGAGAUGGUCAUUGAGAAAGCGAAGCCAUUCUACUCGCACAGCGCUGGCAACAAGGAUCAGCCCGACGUGUGGUUCGAGCCACAGAUGGUCUGGGAGGUCAAGACGGCGGACUUGACGCUCAGCCCGCGGUACAAAGCCGCUGCGGAGGAGAUGGCAGGAGGGAAAGGGGUUAGUUUGAGGUUCCCACGGUUCAUCAGGGUGCGAGACGAUAAGAAGCCCGACCAGGCGACUUCGAGCAGGAUGGUGGCGGAGAUGUACAGGAAGCAAGAUGCGUCCUCGAAGCCCAAGGGACCGUCGGUUGAUGACGACUUUGAGUAUUAGAGUGGCAUCACGGGCGCCGCUUCGGCCCUCAUAUAUAGUGAACCCAACAUGGCAGCCAAGAGGAAUGGCGGAUGAGAUGAAUUUACGGCAUAUACUAUUCUACCUACUUCAAUGAUGGAGAAGGAUAAACCAAUGAUUACACGUGG